GGACUACAGCUCGCUGAGUACGUUCUGGGACUUGGGUCUACGUCAGCUUGUAGUCGCGUAUGCAGCAAAUCCUGGAGCAGGGCGGCCUUCUCUGGGAGAGUGCAUGCUACAGGCCCCAUAAUCGACCAAGGUCUUCCUCAAGUCGAGGACUUUGUUUCCUUGUCUUCUCCGGCUAGUAACACCGCGAACCCGCGGUAUCGAGCACAUAAUGGCGGAUUUCCUAUCCGGACUGCGUAUUGUGAUGCACUCUCGGAAUCGGAGCAUGGCCAGCGUGUUAUUCUUUCUGGAUGGCUGCAAACUGCUAGGAAACUCGGCUCCAUGUCAUUCAUUAUUCUUAGGGAUUACACCGGCACCAUUCAGCUCGUGUAUCGCUCCGCCGACCUGGACAUGCCACACGAGCUUGACCUGGCAGAAUUGCCUCCAGAAUCGAUUAUAUCUAUUGAGGGUACUGUACAAGCUAGGCCAUCCAAAGCCCGAAAGGAGGGCGCAAGAGGGCAGGUCGAACUAAUUGUGAGGAAGUUUACAUUACUCAACCCUGCCGAACGACCAUUGGCAUUUUACCCAACCCAAACAGAUAAUUUGCCUAGCGCAGAAUUCCGGAAUAAGUAUCGCUACUUAGAACUUCGACGAGAAGAUCUGGCAAACAAUAUCCGAAAACGUAGCAGGGUCACCCGUGUAAUCCGCAAUGUUCUGGAUCAUCAAGGGUUCCUUGAUGUCGAAACACCCGUGUUGCUGAAUUCUACGCCGGAAGGAGCCCGCGAGUUUCUCGUGCCUACUAGGUUGCACCCGCUAAACCAGCAGGGUGAAGCGGUGCCGCACGAAAGUGGAGAUCCUCCGAGUCCACCAACAUUCUACGCUUUGGCACAAUCUCCGCAACAAGCCAAACAACUGUUGAUCUGUUCCGGAGCGAUAGAAAAGUAUUAUCAGUUCGCGCGUUGUUUCCGGGACGAGGAUGGCCGCAAGGAUCGCCAGCCGGAAUUCACUCAACUUGAUAUGGAAAUGGGAUUUGUGUCGUGGGCACCCAGGGAGCACGAUCUCGUCAGUGGAUGGCGAAUAGGCGGGGUCGAAGUGAAAGAUGCUAUCGAGAUGAUCAUACGCCGUAUAUGGGAAGAGAUGGAAGGGGUCCGCCUGCCUGAAACUUUCCGGACGAUCACGUAUCAGGAAGCUAUGACUAAAUAUGGCUCAGACAAGCCGGAUACACGGAUACCUUUGGAGAUCGUCGAUCUCACUACCCUCAUGCCCAUGGAAUACCAGGAAGAAAUUCGAACAGCAAAAACUGAACAGUGCCGUGCCGUUGACUGUCUCCGCAUACCGCGAGAGUCACCAUUUGCGACUCGGGACCUGCGCUUCCUUGGGAAGAAGCCCAACUCUGAGAUUCAGCGCAUCACGAUUUCUGAGGACAACUUGAUGAGCUGGCUUCCGGACCACCCCCAGGUUAGAUUUGGGAACAAUACGGAUCUUAUGAGGGACUUGAACAACAGUCUGAGCCUCGAGGUUGGAGACCACCUGUUCCUUUGGUGGCGGGAUGACUAUCAUUCGGGUGGCUCAACACCUCUGGGCAGUCUAAGGUUGGCGCUGGCAGAGCAAGCAGAAAAGCUUGGGAAGUACACGCCGCCGAAAGAGCCCCACUUCCUGUGGGUGACCGAGUUCCCACUUUUCACGAAGGACGUGGAGAAAGCAGACCUCGUGGGAGGUGAAUGGUCCAGCUCUCACCAUCCUUUCACGGCCCCAAUGCCAGAGGACAUUGAUGUGCUCAUGAUGGGAGAAUCGCGUCAUCUGAAAAAGGUCCGGGGGCAGCACUACGACCUUGUCCUCAACGGGAUGGAGAUCGGUGGCGGUUCUGUUCGUAUACACGACGCUGUAUUGCAGGAGUUCAUCAUGGAGGAAAUUCUCAAGCUGAACAAACCAACGAUGGCGCGGUUCAAUCACCUCCUGCAAUCCCUGAGAAGCGGUGCACCACCCCAUGCAGGCAUCGCGCUCGGGUUUGACCGGCUUAUGUCCAUCCUUUGCAACACCCCCUCGAUCCGGGAGGUGAUUGCCUUCCCCAAAACUGCGGAAGGGCGAGACCCCCUAUUUGGCAGUCCUUCGCCAGCCAGGGAGGGCGUGCUGGGGAUGUAUGGCAUACGGGCAGGAAAGGGGCGGAGACAGAAGCACAGGGAUAAACUGGCGCAUGACGUGUGGGCUGGCGAGGAAACGGCUGGCUUGCAGUCGGUUGAACAAUCGAGCUUGACGCUAAUGCGAGAACAGUGGAAGUUGAGUGAAGACUGGGGAAAGGACAAGAGGGAGAAUAAUGAUAAUUGA